AUGCAAUCACCUCCACCAGAAAACAAAACCGAUGUCAAUGCAAAUCGUGAACUAUCAGAGUCUCUCCAUGCAAAUGUUAAUCAAAAACUUAUUGGUGCUUUCAAAGGAACUGAAAAAGAAGAACUAAUCAAUGCUAACUCAACAGAAAUUCCAGUAACGAUUUACACACCUGUUGAUGUUGAUAAGUCAAAAUUGGUCAUAUUUUUUCAUGGCGGAGGCUGGACUGUAAAUAGUCGACGCACACAUCAAACAAUGGUCAACAUGAUUGCUGAUGCGACAAACACGACUUGGAUUAAUGUGGAAUAUCGUCGUGGACCAGAGUAUAAAUUUCCUAUUUGGUGGAAUGAUGUUUAUCAAGUAACGAAAUAUAUUAUAGAAAAUAAACAAUCUUAUGGUGUCGAUUCGUCGGCUAAAGUCGGCGUUGCUGGUGAAAGUUGUGGCGCUUUAAUGGCUGCAGGGUUAUGCCAUGCAAUGAAAAAUAUUGAUUUUCAGAUUUUAGUCAGUGGUAUUUUAGAUCUACAUCGAACAGCACCAUCAUAUAAAGAAUUUACUCAUCAAAUGUAUUUCCUGACACCGGAGAUCUUAGACUGGUUGACAUUAUCAGCUUUUGACAAUAUGAAAGAUUUAGAUGAUCCUCGUAUUGCUGUAAUGCAGAAUAAAUCUUUCGAAGGAUUACCACCAUGUUUGUUCAUCGUUAGUGAAUUGGAUCCGUUGCAUGAUGAUAGUUAUGAAUAUCAAAAACUUCUUGAUAAAGCUGGAGUUCAAACUAAAUUGGUCCUCAUCAAAGGUGUUCUUCAUGGGUUCUUCUCCGUUCCAGGUAUUUAUCCAAAAGCGUGUGCUGACGUGAUCAUUAAUAUAAAAGAAUUUAUGGGUUCGCUAUGA